AUGGAAGAAUGGGAAGCUUUCUGUGAGUUCCUCUGCAACCGCCAAUCUCCGCUUCCGCCCUCUGAGUGCACUGCUGAUGACGCUAUUGAGUUUCUCCUUACACUUCCCUCCGAUGGAAUCGACAAGGUUGCCGACCGCCUCAGCGCCGUCAACUUACAGGAAAAUCCAUUUGGCAGCAGAAUAGUAAGAACAUACUUGAAGCUUAUGGAAGGACAUGCUGAUGGGGAAGAAUACAAAUCUGACAGACAAGAGGACAAGGUGGAUCUGUUUGAGAAGUGCCUGACAACCAGCGAUGUCGGUAGCUCGAACCGCCUCGUCAUCACACCCAACGAGGACUUGAAGACUUACUUUAUCUUAGCCACUAUCCCAGGAGACCCAGAGAACUAUCUUCGGUUAGAGGACGAGGAAGGCAAGCCAUGGUUGUUCGGACUCUCACACCUCAAAGAUGGCUGCCAAAGCUUUAUCUUGAAUAAAUGCUGGAGAAGCUACGUUAAGGAGAAGCAGCUUGAUGCCGGAGACUUUGUCUUCUUCCAACGGCACCUUACACACACAAGAAGGCUCUUCAUUGGAUGCAGAAGGCGUGAACGUGGCACUGCUUCCAGUGAUAACCCUCACGAGUCUUCUCUAAGUGCAGCUCUGAAUUCACCAUCACCAAUUAUAUCCGCCAAUACGCUAGAACUUAGAGAUAAACUCAAGGAAGUUAAAACUUCUUUCCAACCAAAAUCGCCCGAGCAUAGCAUUACCGGGUCUGACUCUGUCUUUGUCAUUUAUUGUGGUGACAACCAGGACUCUGAGGAGGUAUACUUCAUCGGCUACAUCUUCAACGAGUUGCGUCUCCGUGGAUUCAUCCCCUUGAGAUAUGAUCUAACCAGUAGCUCAGUGACUAGGAACCCGGAGAUGCUAUACAGAUCACGGAUUCUGAUGGUUUCUUCCCCACAUAUUGUUGGACUUUGGGGUAUGGCUGGCAUAGGGAAAACUACCAUCAUGGGAGACAUUUUCAGAAGACAAGCUGAGACGUAUGACGUGUGCUACUUUCAACCAGACUUUCAUCUAAUGUGUCAAACAAAAGGGUUGAGUCAGUUGCGCGAAGAAUUCUUCUCCAAAAUAUUUGGUGAAGAAAACGUUUUCAAAGACGCAUGUGACACGAAACCUAGUUUCAUAAGGGAUAGAUUCCUUGAUAAAAGGGUUCUCAUCGUUAUUGAUGGUGUGAGUAGUGCUCGAGAUGCAGAAGAUUUUCUUGGAGGAUUUGGCUGGUUUUCUGAUGGACAUACAAUCAUCUUAACAUCUAGGAAUAGGCAAGUUCUUGGAACCGAAGCAAUUGAAGGCAUAUUUUUGGAUCUUUCCGGCUUGACAUUAGACUUGAAUCCUACCGUUUUUGAGAGGAUGUAUAGACUUAGAUUGCUCAAGCUACACUGUCCAACUUCCGAUAACCAUUGCAAGGUUUCUCUACCUAAAGGCCUCCACUCUUUGCCUGAUGAGCUACGGCUACUACAUUGGGAAAGAUAUCCUAUAGAAUCUUUACCUCGCAACUUCAACCCAAAAAAUCUCGUAGAACUGAACAUGCCUUAUAGCAACUUGACAAAACUAUGGAAAGGAACAAAGAAUCUUGAGAAGUUAAGGAGAAUCAAUCUGAGUCACUCCCGACAGUUGACUAAAUUCCCAAGGCUUUCAAAGGCCAAGAACCUUGAACAUAUUGAUCUUGAAGGAUGUACGAAUCUGGUUAAGGUUAACUCAUCUUUUCUUCAUCAUCACAAGCUUACUUUCUUGAGUCUGAAAGACUGUUCACGUUUGCAAAGUAUGUCUGCCACGGUUCAUUUAGCAGCUCUCGAAGUUCUUAAUCUAUCUGGCUGCUCAGAGCUCGUUGAUCUUGGUGAUUUCUCACCAAACCUGAGUGAGCUAUAUCUAGCUGGGACUGCAAUUACAGAAUUGCCAUCGUCAAUAGGGGGUCUCACUAGACUUGUUACACUAGAUCUGGAGAAUUGUAAUAGACUUCAGCAUCUGCCACCAGAGAUGCGUAACCUGAAAGCUGUGGUCAGUCUUAGCGCAAAACUUCCUCAUUCGUCCAAGGAUUCAAGGGAUCUAUCUAGAGUGGGGGAUAAAGCACUAUCAUAUAGAAGAAUCAGUUGGACAACAGUUACUAAAGCUAUUAUGCUGAUCGUAAGACUAAGGAAGCGAGCAAAAAGGGCCUCUAUAGCCACAAACCUUUUUAAGGUUAAGCUUGGCUCAGAUUCUACCUUGGUAAGUGAUCUUUCUUACAACACUUCCUGGGGAUUCUUUGGUUUACCAGAAAGACCCGGCCAACCUGAAUGCGCAUAUUACAUGAAGACAGGAGACUGCAAAUUUGGCCAUACUUGUAAAUUUCACCAUCCGAGAGACAGAGAAACCCAUGUCAGUGAUGUCACUGAUAGCCACCCAUCACGACCGGGAAAACCUGUGUGUCCCUUGUAUUUUCACACUGGAAACUGCAGCUCGGGUCCUACUUGUAGUUUUGAUCACCCAUCGUUGAUACCAACUCAGAUGAACACAUUUCUCGUGCCAUCCGAGACACAACACUUAAAUAAACUAGGAUUUUCCUCUUCAGUUGGAGAUUCAUUAAGUGACCUUAUGGAAGCAGAAACUAAGCAACAAAGAAUCCAGAAGAACAUAUCUGCCAAGGCUUCUAGAUAUAGGCCAGAACCAUCAGAAACUGGUUCUCCAGAGAAGAAGUUAAAACCGCUUAAACAUAUAACAUCUCUGGACUUGAAAGGUGGGAUAGGUAUUACAGAGGCUCUCAGACUUCAGAUGGAAGUGCAGAAGCAACUCCAUGAGCAGCUAGAGAUUCAAAAAAACUUGCAACUCCAGAUAGAAGAACAAGGCAAGCACCUUCAAAUGAUGUUCGAGAAACAAAAAUCUGGUCUCGGUAAAGGUACAGCCUCAACAUCAGAUACGCCAGCCAAAUCCGAACAGGAAGACAAGAAAACAGAUGAUUCAAAGGAGCUCGCACCAGAGGAAACAAUGAGUUCCCAAAGAGCCGGAAUCUCCGCAGGCAAAGCGCACUAA